GGUCGGCCAGUGUGCAGUUGCAGCGUCAUCGUCAGGUUCCGUUUGAAUGAAGUCGGGGGUGCAGGCAUCUGCCCAGUGAAGCUACCCAGCAGCAGUCUGGAAUAAUUAAUAGCGUCCACGGAAAAUGCCAGUGUUCACAGUGAACGUGAAGUGGGGUAAGGAGAAGUUUGAUGGUGUGGAGUUGAACACAGAGGAGUCUCCUAUGGUCUUCAAAGCUCAGCUGUUUGCUCUGACUGGUGUGCAGCCUGACCGCCAGAAGGUCAUGGUCAAAGGGGGAACCCUGAAGGAUGACGAGUGGGGCAACAUCAAAUUGAAGAAUGGCAUGACCCUGUUGAUGAUGGGCUCUGCAGACGCACUGCCUGAGGAACCUGCUGUCCGACCCAUGUUUGUGGAGGACAUGACUGAAGAGCAGCUUGCCUCUGCGAUGGAGCUGCCCUGUGGACUUGCAAACCUGGGCAACACCUGCUACUUGAACGCCACUGUUCAGUGUCUGCGCUCCGUACCAGAGCUCAGAUCCGCUCUCAGACGGUACUCGGGUGCCUUGAGGUCCUCUGGGGGUAACGCAUCCUCAAUGUACAUCACCGCAGCUUUGCGGGAUCUCUACGAGUCCAUGGACAACACGUCCGCUAGCAUCCCACCCAUCAUCCUGUUGCAGUUCCUGCACAUGGCUUUUCCGCAGUUUGCGGAGAAGGGCGACCAGGGGCAGUACCUCCAGCAGGAUGCCAAUGAGUGCUGGGUGCAGGUAAUGAGGGUCCUGCAACAGAAGCUGGAGCCGGAGGAACCAGAAAGCACUAUGGAGUCUGAUUCAGAGAAUGCGGCUGCUGCACCCCCAACCAAGAAAAACUUCAUUGACCAGUACUUUGGAGUGGCGUUUGAGACCACUAUGAAGUGUACAGAAGCAGAGGAUGAAGAGCCGGUCAAAGGCAAAGAGAACCAGCUUCAGUUCAGUUGCUUCAUCAGCCAAGAGGUCAAGUACCUGGCCACAGGGCUGCGGCUGCGCCUGCAGGAGGAAAUCACCAAACUGUCCCCAUCUCUGCAAAGAAAUGCUUUGUACAUAAAAUCAUCUAAAAUCAGUCGCCUGCCUGCUUACCUAACAGUCCAGAUGGUUCGUUUUUUCUACAAGGAGAAGGAGUCUGUCAACGCCAAAAUCUUAAAGGACGUGAAGUUCCCCCUGAUGCUGGACGUCUAUGAGCUGUGCACGACUGAACUUCAGGAGAAGAUGAUGUCUGUGAGGUCAAAGUUCAAAGACAUGGAGGACAAGAAGCUGGAGCAGCAGCAGAAGAAUGAGAAGGUAUCUGUGCCACCAAAAGAAGUGAAAUAUGAAUCCUUCUCCUUUUCUGAUGAUCUGGGCUCCAACAAUAGCGGUUACUAUGACCUGCAGGCGGUGCUCACUCACCAGGGCCGUUCCAGCUCCUCUGGGCACUACGUUGCCUGGGUGAAGAGGAAAGAAGAUGAGUGGGUGAAGUUUGAUGAUGAUAAGGUGAGCCUAGUGGCACCAGAGGACAUCCUGAAGCUGUCUGGCGGUGGAGACUGGCACAUAGCGUAUGUUCUGAUGUAUGGCCCCCGGCGGCUGGAAAUGUUGGAGGAGCAGCGAUAAUUAUGAGCGCAAACAAACGCCAUUUAGGAGCACUGUCUGUAUAGCUGUCCAAUAAAUACUGGUGUCUUUAAAUCUUCGGACCUUAAGUUCUUUUUCUCACCUGGCCUUUACCAAAACGGAUGUAUAUUAGGCAGUUUUUUCCCCUUGACCACUUUUUUUUUUCCACCACCCCCCCAGGUAAGGGUUAUUCCUGUUUUGACAUUUUUUUAUGCAUAGUGUAGUUUGACUUUCAAAGACUAAGAUUCACAGCCAUGACAGUGUGGUUGUUAAUGUGUCCAGCUUCUUGCACUGGACUCACUAGCAUGCAUUUGUACUGCAAAGGAUGGUGCUGAAUGGCAAGUUCAACCCACAAGUUACUCUGACUGGUUAUUGCACUGAUCCGAAGUGUGUCCACUAUUCCAGAACUUGAAUUAAUUGCAUAUUGCUAAUUCCUUGAUGUGGCUUUAAAUAUAGUGUCCAAGUUUUGUCCCUGUGUGAUUUAACACCAGGACAUACCUCAUUGUCAUAGCAAGACAAGGUUUUUGCUUGUUGUUGUGUAUUACUGCCCAAAGUCCUCUGACUGACUUCUGCAGCAGUAAGAGUGUGGGAGUGGAGUGGACUACAUGUUCCUGUCAUAAGUGACUUGUUGCUGGCUUUUCAUAACUACAAAAAAUAAACUGGUGCACCACCACAGGCUGUGU